AUGGUUCAUUUCCAGAUAUACCCUUGUGUUUUUUUCCUUCUCUUAAUCACUUUCCAUGGAUUAAUCCCAUUGUUUGAUGGAAGGAAAUUAAAAGAUGUUACUGCCUUUAGGCCUACAACACCAGGGAAUAGUCCAGGAGCAGGGCAUUCUUUCACUGAAAACAGACCAUAUUUAAGAUCAAAAGAAGUAGAAAGUAAUGUUUCAGGUAUUCAUCAUCCUACUUCAGAAUCUGCAACUGGUUUUAGGCCUACAAAACCAGGAAACAGCCCUGGUGCUGGUCAUUCUAUACACAAUCAAACUGCUAUGCCAUAA